AUGGCGAAGGCUUCCGGGUCCCUUUUUCUGUUUCCUUUACUUCUGUGCUAUCUGGUUGUCUGCGUCUACGCCACUAUCAUCCCCGAAUCCAAUCCCCUUACCUUUAACCUCCAGGUGGCAGCUGACAAGGACGAUCCGUCCUGUACGAAGGACAGUCCCUGCAAGAUUGGCUGCUGCGGACCACUAGACAAAAAGACCGGCAAGGGUGUUUGCGGCUUUGGACCCGAUUUUUGUGGCAAAGGUUGUACCUCACAGUGUGAUCGCAAGAGCGAAUGCGACUCCGGCUGGGGUCUCCAAUGGUCGAAUGCUUCUACGUGUCCCCUGAAUGUGUGCUGUAGCAAGUUUGGCUUCUGUGGGACAACCGAGGACUUCUGUCAAGGCAAGAAGGUGAUAUCCCCGGAAUGUAAAGGCGAAUCGGCCAAAGCCAAACUCAUUGGAUACUGGGAAGGCUGGAACCAAGAGAAGAAGUGUGACCACAUGCCUGCAGAGGACAUCCCUCUAGGGUACUACACGCACCUUAACUUUGCAUUUGCCUAUAUCGAUCCCUUGACCUACCGCGUUGCCCCUAUGGACCCGGCCACUGCCUCGCGCUACCGUCAAGUGACGGCUCUCAAGGCCCGUCAGCCUGGCCUCGAGGUGUGGAUUGCCAUUGGGGGCUGGGCCUUCAAUGAUCCGGGCAAUACGGCGACAACGUUCUCGAAUCUCGCUGCCUCCGAGGCAAACCAGAAUAUUUUCGCUGAAUCGUUGAUCAACUUCAUGGUGGCCAAUGGCUUCGAUGGGGUCGACCUGGACUGGGAAUAUCCCGUGGAUGACCAACGCGGAGGAAAGCGCGAGGAUUACGUGAACUACGUAACCUUCUUGAAGCGACUGCGAGAGCGCUUGAAUGCAUCUGGAAGACGUUUUGGACUUUCGAUUACUCUGCCUGCAUCCUACUGGUACCUUCGCGGAUUCGAUAUCGCUAAUCUGGAACCCCAUGUGGACUGGUUUAACAUCAUGACUUAUGACAUCCACGGUAUUUGGGAUAGAGAAUCAAGGGGAGGAGUCGGUUCCUAUGCCUUUGCCCACACGAACAUGACCGAGAUCAACCUGGGCCUUGAACUCCUGUGGCGCAAUAACAUCAAUCCGGGACGGGUCGUCCUAGGUCUAGGUUUCUACGGCCGUAGCUUCACGAUGAAGGACCCCAAAUGCCUCACGACGGGAUGUGCCUUCCGCGAUGGUGGCCGCAAAGGCAAGUGCACCGAUACUGAGGGAAUCUUGUCCGGCAAAGAGAUCAAUCAACUUAUCAAGGAGGGCGCCAAAGUCUCUCUUGACAAGGAGGCGGCCGUGAAGAUGGUAACCUGGGACAAUGACCAGUGGGUCAGCUGGGACGACAAGGAAACGCUGAAGAUGAAAUACGACUUUGCCAACAAGCGUUGUCUAGGAGGAACUAUGGUGUGGGCGGUGGACUUAGACGAUGGCACGUUGAUUGAGGCGCUUGGACAAGCCAUGGGCAAGAAAAGGACCAAGCAUUUCAAACCGGCAAACCAGUAUUUCAUCAAGGAGAUUCUCUAA